AUGGCCUCUAAAAAUGCUGAAAAUGGUAUAGAUGGUGGUGAUAACGCAUUCAUUGACGUGGAGGCUUGGAAAGAUGAGACUGGGAAAACAGUCUUUCAACACCUAUCUGAAGGUUUUGCCGGUGACGAUGAAGCAGUUCCAGUUGCCGAUGGCGCAAUCUUGCGGUAUCGUGCUCCAUUCAUUCGUGUGAUCAAGCAUGACGCCUAUUUCGAUGCUUUUAAUAUUGUUGUUGAAAGCAUGCUCAACAGGCUUGCUCCAAUGUGGUUGGCUUACACAUUUGCGGAUGCGUUCGUAAACGAACAUGCCAAUGAGCUAACGGCACAUAGACAAGACUAUGUUGAAGGAGAAUAUCAGCAGUCGGAUGGUGGCACAUGGUGCCGACAAAUAAUUACGAGCAUGCAUGCUUUUGCGAAAAAGAUUAUGAGUGGAGAAAAGAUUUUACGAGUACGUCCUAAAGCCUGGGAUCAAUUUCCUAUUUCCUGUGAAUCUGAGAAGGGCCGUAGACCACGACAGGAAGAUCGUAUGUUGGCGAUGCCGACUUUGAGUUUGGUGUUUCCUGAUGUGGCAAGAGCGGACGUUGGACUAAUGGCCAUAUUCGACGGACAUGGAGGGGCAGAAUGUUCAGCUUAUUCCUGUGCACAUCUUCCUUCUGAAUUCGUACGAGCCUUGAAUGCCCAUCCAGUAUCAUUGGAAGAAUCGCUGAAAGAAGCUUUCGAUCGACUG